UUGAUUGAGCGUGCACGAUCUACAAUGUUCUCUUCUUCCUUCAAGCUACGGACACUGUUUAUCCAUCCCAACUACUGCAGCAAAACCCUGAUUACAAAAUCUUUGUGUACCUCUGCGGUUCCAAACGAUUAUGGGAGAUUCCCUCCACAGCAACCACCCUCUGAUCACACACCAUUUCAGGGUCAAUGGCAACAACGUCAGGGCCAUUCUCCUCAACAUUUAAACCCACAUAUUCAAAACCAGAGUGGAAGCCCUGCCCCUUCAAAUCAAUUUGCUUACCAAAACCAUGAACCCCACAAACACAAUAUUCCUGGUCGAUUUCCUGAGCAGCGGCGAAACCUAAAUCAUUGGAAUCCUAAACAUCAAGCGCCACCCACUUCUCAAAAUCCCAACUUUCAGCCACCCACAAACCCUAAUCGAUGGAACGAUCAAAACCCCCCUAACCCCAACCAGUGGAACCCUCGGACUCAUGGGUUCCCACAUCUCCGCCUUCAAGGUUCUACAUCUCCGCCUUCAAUCAGUGAUUUGACACGUUUGUGCCAACUGGGGAAGGUUAAAGAAGCGAUUGCAUUGAUGGACCAAGGGGUCAAAGCUGAUGCUAGUUGCUUUGAUCUUCUUUUUGACUUGUGUGGCCAAUUGAAAUCCCUUGAGGUUGCCAAGAAGGCCCAUGAUUACUUUCUACAGUCUACUUAUAGGAGUGAUCUCAAGUUAAAGAACAAGGUGAUUGAGAUGUAUGUGAAUUGUAAAAGCAUGACUGAUGCAUGCAGAGUGUUUGAUCAUAUGCCUAAUAGGAAUAUGGACUCUUGGCACUUGAUGCUUUGCUGCUACGCAAAUAAUACUAUGGGAGAUGAAGCCUUGCAACUGUUUGAGCAGAUGAAUGAGCUGGGUUAGUACCUGGUUCACCAUGCCAGCAUCAGUACUAGGGCGGUUUCAUGUGCUUGUAUCAUCAUCCUCCAGGAUUGAUAGGCUAGUUUCCCUUCUACAUUCCAAAAAUUCUCUGUCACUAUGGCUCAAGACUGUACGCCAUUUUAGCUUCACUGAUGACCAUGGUGGCAGCAUAAAAAAACCCAUCACAGAAUAUAAUAGACGUUUCCAUUCCUUCCCUCCAAGAUUUGGUAACCAUGGCAGAACUGGUCAUGAAGUGGACAAGACAAAUAACUCUUCCCAAAUUGAUCUUGAAUUUCAGGGCAGAAAUAUGACAGAAACAAGGAGGGAUGUCAGUCAAUCUGAAGAAGCAAAGAGGUCAACUCCCAAUCAACCACAUACAGAAUAUGGGCCUCUAGAUUUUGAUUGUUAUGAUUUCAAGAACAUGGAGGAAAAUGGUUUUCUCCCCAUUGCUGUGGCUAUGCUUGAUGGUCUAUGUAAUGAUGGUCAAUUUAAAGAAGCCUUAAGAAUUUUUGGUUUCAUGAAGAAGAAGGGAACCAUUCCUGGGGUUGUCCUAUACACAAAUGUAGUGGAGGCCUACACUAAGGCCCACGAGGCUGAUGAUGCCAAAAGGAUUUUCAGGAAAAUGCAGAGUAGUGGCAUUUCACCCAAUGCUUUCAGUUACAAUGUGCUCAUACAAGGACUCUGCGAAUGUAGCAGAUUACAAGAUGCUUUUGAAUUUUAUGUGGAGAUGUUAGAAGCAGGUCAUUCUCCAAAUGUGACAACUUUUGUGGGUCUAGUAGAGGGUUUCUGCAAGGAAAAGGGGGUUGAAGAAGCGAAGGAUGCUAUCAGAACAUUAACAGAAAAGGGUUUUGUAGUUAAAGAGAAAGCUGUUAGGUAAUUUUUGAACAAGAAAGCACCAUUUUCACCCUCAGUUUGGGAGGCCAUCUUUGGGAAGAAAGCCGCAUAGAGACCAUUUUAAAUUAUCUUUCAGACUUCGUAAGCUUUUAUCAUAUUUUUCUUUGGGUGCACAUAUUAAAAUUUGCAAGAAAAAGGUUCGAUUUGUGAAUUGUUUAUUUCUUGAUAGUAAACCGUGUUUUCAUUUUUAAAUGUACUUG